AUGCUUGGCAGUAGCAGCACUGCAAGAUCCCGAACCCCAAAUCUGCGUGAGUAGUCAGACAGUCGCUGCUCACAUACCCUCUUUGCUCUUGCUCACUGCGGUGCAUAUCUCUCGUAGUCCGUCAUACGCCUCAUGCGCGCAGCAGUCAUGUAAGCACCAGCAGCAAACCUCCACCUGAUGGCCACCAUGCAGCCUCAAGCACAAAGGCAGGCUCUAGUCCAAACGACCUGGCUCACAAGUCUAGAGCUGAGCUUCAACAGAUGUUGCAGACGAGUCUGGAUAACAAGGACCACGUCAUGGAAACGUUGAUGGAGCUCAUGGAAGGUGCAGAAUCCGAGCUUGGUACCGAUCCUGCCUUCUUGAGGAUGCAAAGGUGCGUCGCUCUGGAGCCAAACGUCCCUUGUCAUGCUGCUCACGUCCCAAACCUCAUAUGAAUCUGUCCUUCAGAGACUUCUUGACGACAAGAAUACAGCAAAUAAAGGCUGCUCUUCUCGAAAGAGAUUCUGGUCAGGCUUCGCCGCGCUCUGCUAGUCCACGCCGAUCUUUGCGGCCAAGUAGCAGUGAUGCUGAGCUGCGGGACAAAAGCUCAGAUGCUAGACGGCUGCGAGGCUUGGCACACGUCACGAACUCUGCUGCUACGCACUCUGCCAGGUCCAGUGCGGCUGCCACCGAUCGUCGGGCGCCAGCAGUCAGCUCGGACGGAGUUGAUUCAGAGCAGAUACCCACGCUCUCACAGACGUCUCCUUGCCCACCUCGUCCCACUACAGUCAAGGGACCAAUAUUAUCUAGAUCUCUCGCUCCUGCAGGCGUGCCCGCAAGAGCGCGCGGGGGCGGCGGCCCUCCCACGGAGUUCACAGGCCAGUCUACGUCUGCCGACCGUCCGAUGCGCCCCGACCUACACAUUGACGAAGCGGAUUUGCCUGACUACGACGAAGAACCUGACGAUGAGGAAGACGCGUCCAAAGAGUACUUCGAUGCGGAGGCGUCUCCGGUCAAGCAACAGAAAGCUUUGCAAGUGUCAAGGACCGGAGGAAAUGGCGGUCUCGACCAGAACGAGUUGCUCCCAUCAGAUGAAGAGACGGAAGACAUGGACGACGACGGACUCGGCUUCGACGACUCGCUGUCAGACGACGCAUACAUGAUGAUCGAUACCGCCAUCCCUGGACCAAAUCAUCCACAGGUGGCAGAGGGGCUGCAUCAGCAGCGCCCAUCCGAGCAUGAUGGCCUGGACUUUGAAAUUGACGAGCAUCGCUCGGUCGUUGUGCAAUCAGCUGCUCGAGCCGCAUCUCCGCCAGAUGUGGACAAUGGCGUCGUGGCUUCCAGCGAUGACGCCGUUCAAACUGCAGAUGAACCAGACCGGGGCUUAAUAUCUGUGGUCGCCACGAGCACGAGACACAAGUCGCCCAAGAAAGCCGCAGAUCAGAUGAGAUUUCCAUGGAGCGAGGAUGUGAGACGCACGCUUCGCUACACCUUUCACUUGUUUGAGUUCCGUAACAACCAAUUGGAGGCGAUCAAUGCGACACUAGGCGGGCAAGACGUCUUCUGCCUAAUGCCUACAGGAGGCGGCAAGAGCCUCUGCUACCAGGUGAGCGACGAGCCCAGAUCACCUCAACUUCACGUGUACUCACUCGUUAGUGGAUUGCUCAGCUGCCUGCUUUGAUAGACUCUGGUCAGACGCAAGGCGUUACCAUCGUCAUAUCGCCGCUGAUUUCGUUGAUACAAGAUCAAGUGCACAAUCUUCUGGAUCUCAAUGUCAAAGCUGGCAUGUUCUUGGGGAGCGGAGGUCAGACGGACGACCAGCGCAGAGCGACGCUCUCUAUGCUUUUCCCUUCUAACAUCAAGGACAUGACCCGUUUGCUCUACGUGACUCCCGAGAUGAUCCGAAAGGGAAGGCAGCUGCAAGAUGCCCUGUCUGACCUGCACAGACGCAAACGCCUAGCCCGCUUUGUGGUCGAUGAAGCUCACUGCGUGAGCCAGUGGGGUCACGAUUUCCGCACGGAUUAUCAAGAGCUUGGGUGCCUUAAGGAAGAGUAUCCUGGUGUUCCCGUCAUGGCUAUGACUGCAACGGCCAACGCCCGCGUCAAGAUGGACAUCGUGACGAAUCUGCGCAUCAAGGGCUGUAAGACUUUGUCACAAUCGUUCAAUCGACCAAAUCUCCACUAUCACGUCAGAGAGAAGAAAGGCAAGAGCGUGCUGGAAGACAUCGCCUCUUUCAUCAAUGCAUCGCACAUGCACGAGUGCGGCAUUGUUUAUUGCCACAGCCGCAGAGCGUGCGAAGAGGUGGCCGACAAGCUUACCAAAAAGUUUAGAGUCAAAGCUCAGCAUUACCAUGCAGGCAUGAAUCAGAAGGACCGCAGCUCGAUACAGCAACGAUGGCAGAAGGGCGAGUUCAAGGUGAUCGUAGCGACGAUUGCUUUCGGAAUGGGCAUCGACAAGUCCGACGUGCGCUUUGGUGAGUCUCAAGCGUUGACUGCAAGCUUUCCAUGUGCUCGGGUCGUUGGGCCUACGCUGACAUUUUUCCUCACACGAAUGUAGUGAUUCACCAUACCCUUCCGCAAACCCUAGAGGGCUUGUAUCAAGAGACGGGAAGAGCGGGUCGAGAUGGCAAGAGCUCUACAUGUGUGCUAUACUUUGCGUACAAGGACACGUCCAGCUUGUUCCAGCAGAUACAGGAAGGCCCUGGCUCGCGCGAGCAGAAGGAGCAACAGCGAGGCAACCUGAGACAGGUCAUCACCUACUGCAUGAACAAAACCGACUGUCGAAGGUCUCAGGUGCUUCAAUACUUUGGCGAGGUAUUCCCGAGGGAGAGCUGCCACAACACAUGCGACAAUUGCACGGCUCAGACAGGCAAUACUUCUGGUGCCUCCACAGUUAUUACCGACGUGACCGAGCUUGCACAGCAGGCGGUCCGCAUGGUCCAAAACAUCUUCGCAAAAGACUACAGGGCGAACAUCACCCUGAUCCAUUGCGGCGACGUCUUUCGAGGCGCUACCACCAAGACUGUCACCAGCCGCGGUCAUCACCAGGUAGAAGGCUGGGGUGAGGGCUCGAAAUGUUCCAGAAGCGACGUCGAGCGAUUGUUCCAACGACUCGUGAUCGAGACAUAUCUGACCGAGGUGCAGGUCAAGAAUCGCAUGGGCUUCACGAAUACCUACGUCAAAUUGGGUCGCAAAGCCGAAGCGCUGCUCAGAGGCCAAGCCAGGGUGGAGCUGGAGAUGAUCGAAAAGAACGCCAGGAUACCCGCAAGCAAGGCUGGCUCCUCCAGCAAAGCAUCUGCAAAUCAGCCGCAAGGCAAAAGUCGGGUCAAGGCUCGAGCGAGGCAGCAGCUGAGCGAUGCAGAGUUUGAGUACGCACCCGAUCCAUUCGACAUUAGUGCCAUGCCCCUCAGUCCGAACGAAUCGCCAAAGAGACAGACAAAAGAGCGGAACCUGCCGACCGAACGUCAGCGACCGACCACAACCUCUAAUGCUCGCGCACGUCGAGCCGCAGAAGAAGAAGAAGACCUUAUCGAGUCAUGCGAGGAGGACAACUCGGUCGUUGGUCAGCCUAGCGGCAGUCGAAGUGCUAGAAGUACAGCUGCUCCAUCAAUCAGUGCCGUGAGAGCAGCUGAUCCAUCGACUGCAAUUGCGAAGCGCGCUGGAAUGGGCGAGAAAGGAGCGAAGGAGGAUUGGAAGCCAUGCUACGAUGAGCUGACUGUUGCACGCCAAAAGGUAGCGCGGCAGCUCAAGCAGCCAGCCGAAAGUCUCGUCACCAACGAUGUGCUGUAUGAAGCUGCUCUCCUCUUGCCUGACACCCUCGCUAAGCUGAGACAAAUCGAGUCGCUCGAAAAGUGCAGCAUGGAGCUGCUGACGGUCUUACUGAAAGUAUGCCAAAAGUACGCCAAGUCUCAGAAGACGACUUACCAGAAGCGCAGCUUGAGCCAGAGCAUCAACAACUCCAGCAUGCCACCACCCCCAAAUCUGGCGAGCUUUGCAUAUCCCAAUCGAGAAGCGCGAGCAAGCACUUCGGGCUCAGGUACUACUUCGAGCGUACGCAGAGAUAGCAGCGCCCAAGUCAAACAGACAGCUGCUACCCCCAAUGAUCAUCGAAACGCUGUCUUGGCCAGUCUUGGAGGUGGAGGGCUGCGGGCGAUGCCUUUGAGCGUUGUUCAGCGAGCUCCCGUCGCGAAGCGCCACAACUACAACAUCAAUCUUCGGUUACAUGAGCAAUUCCCAGAUGUAUAA